AUGUGGCCCCUGAAGCAGCAGCAGCAGCACCACCUGAGUGGAAAUCCCUCAGGGGGUCAUGCCUCAGAGACUGAUAUCCUCUGGGCUGAUGGAGACGAUGGGGUGUCCUUCAUGCAUCCCAGCUGUGAGCUCUACCUGCAGCCUCUGGCAGUCAUGGAAAGCCAUGGAGAGGUGGAGAUUCCACCACACCUCAGUUGUAGUUACUGCUUUUUGAAAGAUUGCCAGUGGCAGGUGGAGCUUCAGUUGGCUGAAUGCGUGUGCCCAGAGGGCAUGGAGCUAGCUGCUGAUAACAUCACCUGCAGGGACCAGCCUCGCCCCCCAGGUCCUCUGGUUCUGAUGGUGGCAGUGAUGGUAACAGUGACACUGGGCCUCCUCAUGAGGUGUGGGGUCUUCAUGCUGGUGAACCACAAGAAGUGUCAGGGUCUGUGUGGGAUGGCGCUGCCAGGCCCUGAGCUUGAGCUGAGCAAGCUUCAAGCCUCCACUAUUCUGACAGCCCCCAACCCACACUACUGCCAAAUGGGACCUGGUCCUGCCCAGUCCUUGCCUCUGCCUCCAGGGCUCACUGAAGUCUCCCCAGCCGAAGUCACUCUGCUCAGAGGCCUGGGCCAUGGAGCCUUUGGAGAGGUGUAUGAAGGACGGGUCAUUGGCCUUGCUGGGGACCCCAGCCCUCUGCAGGGGGCUAUCAAGACCCUGCCAGAACUCUGCUCUCACCAGGACGACCUAGAGUUCCUCAUGGAGGCGCUCAUCAUCAGCAAGUUCAGCCAUCAGAACAUCGUGCGCUGCGUGGGGCUCAGCCUCCGGGCCGCCCCUCGAUUAAUUCUGCUGGGAUUGACUGGGGGAGACACGAAGAGUUUCCUGAGGCACAGCCGCCCGCACCUGGGCCAGCUGUCACCUCUGACCAUGCAGGACCUGCUCAAGUUGGCCCAGGACAUAGCCCAGGGCUGCCACUAUCUGGAGGAAAAUCACUUCAUACACCAGGACAUUGCAGCCCGGAACUGCCUGCUGAGCUGCACCGGACCCAGCAGAGUGGCCAAGAUUGGGGAUUUCGGGAUGGCAAGAGAUAGCUAGAGGGCCAGUUAUUACUGGAAGGAGAGCCGGGCUUUGCUGCCUGCAAAGUGGACGCCACCAGAGGCCUUCCUGGAGGGAAUCUUCACAUCCAAGACAGACUCCUAGUCUUUUGGGAGAUCUUCUUACUGGGAGAUCUUCUUACUGGGCUAUAUGCCCGACCUUGGGCAUACCAACCAGGAGGUACUGGACUUGGUUGUCAGUGGGGGAUGGAUGGAUCCUCCUAGGGGCUGUCCAAGGCCUGUGCACGAACUCCUGCCUCUCCCCGGGUACUGUAUCACGACCCAGUGUUGGCAGCACCAGCCUGAACUCCGCCCCAGUUUUGCCAGCAUCUUGGAGUGUCUUCUCUGCACUCAGGACCUGGAUGUGCUGAAUUCACCCCUGCCGAUGGAGCUAGGGCCCACCCUGGAGGAGCAAGGGACUUCAGGUCAGGGGAGCAGGCCUUUGGAGGGCCUAAGAUUGCCACAGGUCCAGGAGCUAAGUGUGGAGAGUUUGAAGAGCUGGAGAGGAAGCCUCCUUGGCCCCUGCCUGCCUGGCCAUGACCCUGCCAAAUCUAGGGGCCUUCAAGCUCAGAACCUUUGGAAUCUCACCUAUGGCUCCUGGGGUCUAAGGGAUCCUGAGGGGGAGGACCCAGGCUUUGAUGGUAGCAAUGGCUCCUCCCUCCACUCCUCCCGGAGCUUCUAG